AAAACGAGGUUCCGGCGGUGGAGAUUGCCCCAAACGACGCCGUUGCGCUGCCGUUCUCCUCCGGCACGACGGGGCUCCCCAAGGGCGUGGUCCUCACGCACAAGAGUAUGGUCUCCAGCGUCGCUCAGCAGGUGGAUGGAGAGAACCCGAAUAUUUAUUUGAGAACGGACGAUGUCGUUUUAUGCGUGCUUCCAAUGUUCCACAUAUUCUCAUUAAGCAGCGUGAUUUUGAGUUCGAUUAGAUGUGGAGCUGCAAUAUUGUUGAUGGAGAAGUUCGAGAUAGAAGCGCUCUUGCGACUUAUAGAGAGGCAUCGGGUUACCGUGGCGGCGGUGGUCCCGCCGCUGGUGUUGGCGCUGGCGAAGAAUUCGAAAGUGGCAGAGUUCGAUUUGAGCUCUAUUAGAAUGGUGCACUCUGGUGCGGCUCCGCUAAGAAAGGAGUUGGAGGAAGCCCUCAUGCAAAAGAUGCCUCAAGCAACUUUUGGCCAGGGUUAUGGGAUGACAGAGGCCGGGCCGGUGGUGAGCAUGUGCUCGGCCUUCGCGAAGGAGCCGAUGGCCACGAAGUCAGGGUCGUGCGGCAGAGUGGAUAUUUGAACAACCCAGAGGCAACGUCAUUGACCAUAGACAUGGAGGGUUGGCUUCAUACAGGUGACAUCGGUUAUGUUGACGACGAUGAAGAGAUUUUCAUUGUCGACAGAGUCAAAGAGAUUAUUAAAUUCAAAGGUUUUCAGGUGGCACCGGCUGAGUUAGAGGCGAUUCUUAUAACCCAUCCAUCUAUCGUGGAUGCAGCAGUUGUCCCGCAAAAGGAUGAAGUUGCUGGUGAAGUUCCGGUGGCUUUCGUGGUUAAAUCAACCGAUCACGAACUUACCGAAGAGGCAGUAAAAGAAUUCAUAGCAAAGCAGGUAGUGUUCUACAAGAGAUUGCAGAGGGUUUUCUUUGUGCAGACAAUUCCGAAAUUGCCCUCAGGAAAAAUCUUGAGAAAAGACCUCAAAGCCAAGCUUUCACCUGCCUUUUAAAAUGAGAGAGAGGAAACAAAAAAACUGUUUUGUUGUUGUUAUUAUUAUUAUUAUUUUAUAUUUUUCAUCGAUGAUUGUUUAUCUGUCUCUGCAAGCAUUAUUCAUUUGUGUACCUAUUUCUGUCAUUUUGUUCCUAUGAUUUUUUCCUUAUGAAUAUGAGUAGAUUAAGAUGUGAAUUUCA